UGCAAAAACUGCGGGGCCUUUGGCCACACGGCCAGAAGUACCAGGUGCCCCAUGAAGUGCUGGCAGGCAGCCCUGGUUCCAGCGACCUUGGGGAAAAAGGAAGGGAAGGAAAACCUGAAACCAUGGAAGCCCCAGGUUGAAGCCAACCCGGGGCCCUUGAACAAGGAUAAGGGAGAGAAGGAAGAGAGACCAAGGCAACAAGACCCGCAGAGGAAGGCUCUCCUCCACAUAUUUUCUGGGAAACCUCCAGAGAAGCCGCUGCCGAAUCGAAAAGGAUCCACGGAAUCUUCUGAUUAUCUGAGGGUUGCAAGCGGGCCAAUGCCGGUCCACACAACCAGUAAGAGGCCGCGCCUGGGCCCUGUCCUCGCUGAUCGCUCAGCUACCGAAACGUCUGACAGGGGCUCCGUCUUGGCUUCGCCGUCUCCCCUCAGAAAAGCCAGUCUGAGCUCCUCCUCAAGUCUUGGACCAAAGGAAAGACAGACAGGGGCUGCGGCCGACAUCCCUCAGCCUGCAGUCAGGCAGCAGGGCCCCGAGCCUCUCCUCGUGGUGAAGCCGACACACAGCAGCCCUGAGGGUGGCUGCCGAGAAGUUCCCCAGGCUGCCUCCAAAACCCACGGCCUGCUCCAGGCCAUCAGACCCCAGGCACAGGACAAACGUCCUGCGGUGACCUCACAGCCCUGCCCGCCAGCCGCCACACACAGCUUGGGCCUAGGCUCCAAUCUCAGCUUCGGGCCAGGAGCCAAGAGACCUGCCCAGGCUCGGAUUCAGGCUUGCCUGAACUUCCCCAAGAAACCGAGACUGGGUCCCUUCCAGAUCCCCGAAAGCGCCAUCCAGGGAGGUGAGCUGGGGGCCCCGGAGAAUCUCCAACCUCCGCCAGCCGCAACCGAACUUGGACCAAGUACGUCGCCCCAGAUGGGCAGGAGGACACCCGCCCAGGUGCCCAGCGUCGACCGGCAGCCUCCGCACAGCAGACCUUGCCUGCCUACUGCCCAGGCCUGCACCAUGUCCCAUCACCCAGCGGCCAGCCAUGAUGGGGCCCAGCCUCUCACAGUGCUCUUCCGGAGACUGGAAAACGGACGCUGGAGCUCCAGCCUCCUGGCGGCCCCCUCAUUUCACUCUCCUGAGAAGCCGGGAGCCUUCCUCGCUCAGAGCCCUCAUGUGUCAGAGAAGUCUGAGGGUCCCCGUGUUCGUGUCCCACCGAGCGUCCUCUAUGAGGACCUUCAGGUUUCCUCCUCCUCAGAGGACAGCGAUUCUGACCUGGAGUGAGACUGCAGGUGGCAGGGGCUCCUUGGCCUCCAGCUCCCGUGACUUGGAGGGGACUGUGGGACUGAGGAGUGCAGAGCAGAGAGCAGACUCUGUGCGGUGACUCCGAAGCUCCCCGGCUGUGGCGCUUCUGUGGAUGUGGGAGCCCAGGCCAGGCAGGGAGCAGAUGCAGGGACUCUGCCUCAUUGAAUUCUGGUGAGGGACGUUGUAGUUCGCGUGGUUCUCCGGAAACGCGCCAGGAAAAGCUUCCGUGCCAGAGAUUCGUUGCCUCAGAAACUGCGUGACGCGCAGGAGUCAGACUUCCGCUGGGACGUCAAUAGGAAACUGGGGAAUUACUGUGUAUUUGCUCUCUAGAUGACUGAAUAAGGGAAAAGUUAGGGAACCCUGAGAGGUGCAGCCCUUCCGCUGUGCCCCGCCCUGAGAGCAGUGUUUCGGACGCUGGGAAGCGUGCUGUGCAGAGCGCUCUCGGGGUCUUUCCUCAGCCUCGAAAACUGGGCUGUGGAAUGCCUUUGUACAUGUGUGUGUUUAAUUGGUUUUGAAGUGAAUAAAAUUCUC